AUGAUUAAAAGGAACGGUGAUAAUGUAUUUGCGAUCGCGUCGAGCAACAAUCAGUGUCAAGGCGGUCGGAGCGCCGUCUCGCUCUGUCCCGGCGGCGGCGCGGCCACGAGGAUCCCGCGCGCCACUGCCGCCAGGAUGACGCCGCCCGACGCGCAACAACACACCAAGGAGGCUAACAUCGCGAUCUCCACAUACGUGGAAAAGUGGAAAAAUAGAUACGAAGAUGCCGAGCGAAAACACAAAACUUAUUUACUUAAAUCCGAAAAAGCUAAACGCGAGUACGAUGACCUCCAACGCCGCUACAACAUAUUGUUCGAGGAGCGACAGUUGCUGGACUCUGAGCUGCGCGAGCGCACCAGAGAGCUCAACAAGCUCAAGACUGUGUCGGAAAAGCUCUUCAAUGAGUACCAGCAGCUUAAGAACCAGAGGGAUGUGGAUGCUGGAGUUAUGCAUAAGGUGAUGCAGCAAGCCGGCGAGUGGUACAAGCAGAACAAGCAGCUGAAGCGUCGCAGCACCGCGCUCAUACAGGCGCUGCCCGCUAAAGCCGUCGAGAUCGACCUCACCGACUCGCUGGAUACUGCAUCAGAUGCAAGCAGCAAUGAAGAGGUGGAAUUCUUAAAGCAGACAGUAUCGGAACUAAGCCGUCAGGUGGCAGCACUGCAGACGGAGUUGGCUGCCGCCAGGUUGCAGGAGUUCGAGGCGCAGGAGGCCAAUGUGGCUACUGCACAGGAGUUAGAAGCGGAAAAAGAGAAGUCUUCAGCCCAAGAGAAGGAGCUACAGGAACUCCGCACACAGCUGGAGAGACACAACCGCGUCUCCAAGCUGCUGAUGGAAGAAGUCACCGGCUUGAAGAACAAUGCUGACAAGGAUCGGGAGAUGGCUGAAACUUACAAGACCGAAGCCCGUGCAGCCAAGAAGCGCGUGAAGCUGCUGACGCACCAGAGUGCCCUCCUCCUGGGCGAGCUGGACCCCGACCAGCGCCUGCUGCGCCUCAUGGACGAGCUGGACUGCCUCAAGGACGCGCUGGAGGACCAGGACAACAGGCAUCGCGACCAGAUACAGGAACUGCAGUUAAAACUAGCAGAAAAACACGAAGACACAGACAUUCUUCUAUGGGAAGAGAAGAUAAAGUUAGCCGAAGAAGAUGCACAGAAGGCUAUAGAACGAGCAGAGAAGGCCGAGAGAAGACUACAAGACAUGGAGAGAAGAUUGCAAGAGAUGGAGAGGAGUCCUAAAGUACCUCCCAAGAGGUCCGCUCUUAUGAAUAGAAUCAGUUUCUUUGAGGCUGGCGGUGAGAAGAAGGAAGUUAAAGAAAUUGUUGAGACUUCUGAAACCACACCAGAAGACAUACCACCAUCCGAACCUCAAUCGCCUCCAUCCCCAGUUCCCUGUCCCCCGCCCCCAGCAGCACCAGCACCCCCACCCCCGCCCCCACUCCCGACGAGCAUACUAUCACCCCCACCCCCGCCCCCGCCCCCGCCGCCGCCCCCACCGCCGAGCGUCGCGUUUCAAGGCAACGCGAAUGAUUUAGCCAACAUGUUACACAAUAAAGUGGGUACGCUGAAGAAGAGUAAGCAGAAUGGGGCUGAAUGUGGCGGCGCGAUAGACGCGAUAGUAGACCAGAUCAAAGGUGGCAAGUUCCAGUUAAAGUCUACCGAGCACAAGGUCUCCGAGAAGAAGGUCCAAGAGGAACAGCCCGAGGCCGUCAAGGAGAUGCUCGCCAUACUCGGCACCCUGCGUAAGCGCAGGACCUCCACACGACCAGGGUUCAGUGACCUCUGAUGACUGAAAGAUGCCUAGAUAAAACUACUUUUACGAAUUUUAUCGCGGUUAUAUUAAUUUGUAUAUCUGUACCAGACCACGGGCCAACGUGGGGCCAACGUGGGGCCGAAGCCAACACGCUAAAGCCCUUUUGAGACAACUUUAAUGAAAUGGUGACACAAAACCGACGAUUAUCCCUGUAUACACUAUAGAAAUGUACCCAAGGACAAUCCCCGGUUCUGUGCUAAACUAUUGCUAACCAUGGAGGAAAACUACUUGGACUAUUGUUAUAUUAAUAUUAUUUAGUCUGCCCGUGACCAUGGAUGCUGUAAAGGAUCCGAAACGUCGGGAUUAAAUAUAAAUAAUAUUAAUAUAACCGCGAUAAAAUCCGUAAAAGUAGUUUUGGUUAAAUGUCUAAUUUUCUCAUAAGUGUCAGAUAUCAAUAUGAAACUACCUAGGUUGGUUAUUGAUCGAUCUAUUUGUGAUUGGAAAGAUUCUUGACAUAUCUAUAUGCAGAUAUUAUUAUUUUAAUUGAUUGGCCCAUUUUUCACUGUCAACAUAAACGUUUCGUAAGGCUGUCAGAAUUUUUGUAGGACAGAUAAUCGGACAGAUUUUUUGUAGACAUGUAUCAUGCCGGUUACCGAUUAUAGGACAUGAGUGGGCAGCCUAAAACAACUGCCUUUACUUUGAAAAUUGCACCUAAAAAUUCAUUGCAAAGUGGUUUAAAAAAAAAACUGAUGUUUUUGUUGUCAGUGAACUUAGGAUUUGAGUGAGUUCAGUAAAUAGCAUUAAAUAGAUAGCUAUCAAAUGUAUUAUUAUUACCUUUUAUAUUAUGUUUCUAUUAUUACUAAAUAGUAAGGAAAAUGUUAUACGAAGCUAGUUAAAUAUUGCAAUGUAGAAAUUAAUACAUAUCUUUAGGAAUGAGUAUCAAUAUGACAAAAAAUUAUUUACUUUUAGAUAUUAUAGAGCAAAAAAGAAAGAAAUCCAAAGUACAUGAAAAGUGCCUUAUAAAUGUGUUAGUGCCAAUUGUAUUUGUAUUUUCCGCCAUUUUUGUCAGUGUUGCCAUUAGAAGUAAAUUUGUACUAAAAUGUUGACUACUUAAAUUGAUAUUUUAAUGUUUUAAAAUUAGAUGAUAUUAAAACUAUUACGAUUGAAUAGGUUGUGUAUUUAUAAAAAUAUUAUGAGAAAAAAUAUGAAAAUUUUCUAAACACGUGAUUUCAGCAUUUAUUUGUUCAAAUGCAGCUUUAUUUGCAUUUUAUAACAUUUCCAUUUUAACUGAUCUCUUCGAAGUAUUUUUGAAGCGACUGUUUUUUAACUAAUAUCUCUUGAUUGGAUAAGAAAUUGCUUACCAAUACUUUUAUUCAAAACAGAUGGACGAAAUGACAAUAUAUAUUAAGUUUCUAUUAUAAUAAUAAUUUUGUGACUUAUUAGUUUAAGUUAAUAACGUCAUGAUCUGAAUACUCUAAUGUUACGUUAGAUGUUAUUGUAUAGUUUAUAUUUGUGAAUAGUUAUGUUACUUACUGUAAACUGCUUCCUAAGUCUUGUUCACGUUUUAAACAAUAUAUUACUUGGUCGUUAAAUUACUGUCGAAAUUAAAUUAUAUGACAUAGAUAUUUGUGUAGAGAUAAUUUCUUGAUAUUCUUGUCUUAUAAAGUUAGUGAUAUUGCUUGAAAAUUAGCUUUUGUCCUUUUUUAAAUGUUGAUGAUUUUUUCAUUAUAUUGAAUCGUGUACAAGUAUUUAUAAUUGAUGUAUACUAAAGUUACCCGCGGUGCCAUUGCGCAGAAGUUGUCGAAAUUGAAGCAUUUUGUAAAGUAUUAUUAUUUACUGUAGGCUAAGUAUACACUGAAGUUUUUUAUUAUACAAUAUAGAUAUAUCAAAUA